AAAGUUUGCCAGCUCGGCCUGCGUAUUGCGUCCCAUCGAGUUCGCGUUCAGACCCCCCAGACCUGUGGCGGUACACCGGUAUGCGCUGACUACAUGUUCAUUUGUCGGCACGGAUUGCUACGAGCGUAUUUACCGAGACAUGUUACGACACUCCAUUUUGCUCGACGAUCUCUUUCGCGUGCUCUGCCCUUGCCUCGAGCAAAACCAUACGCGGGCGCCUUCUCACAAACAGCGCCGAGAGGGGAAGAGAGGGGAGUCCAGCGGGACGCAGAACCGGCUCGUGACGAAGGUACCCGUCCGCCGGGUGCGAGCGAAGAACCGCAGGAUCGUCUCUCGCGAGUCAAACCAACACUACUCUCAUCAUGGUUCCCUGACGAGGCCCCCCUGCAGACGGAAGCUGCAGACGAAACGGCGAACCUCGGAAGGACGGAGUGGACCCUUGAUAACCAUGAUCCCUCGGAGGCCUACCUCGCGCAGCGACGAAUGGGCCGAAGCAUCUUCCGGGACUUGGAGGGCGAUCCGCGUAAAAUAUUCCGGGUGCUGGAGGUUGCCACAAAGAAACGGCAGUUGGAGGUCAUCCGGCUUCUUGUGGUGGACAUGGUGCAGGAUGGACACUUCCUUGGCCCUAAGCUGCGCCUCCAGUUCACCGAGCGGCUACUCCUGCUUGCGGGCCAAGAAUUGCUAUCUAAGAAGCAGGCACUCUCGUUAUUGGACAGCAUCCAGUCGUUCACCCAGCUCAUGACAUUAUCCGACACGACCAGGCUAAACGUCGCCGUCUCCAUUCUAGCUAUGCCUCGCUCUCUCACACUUGACCCCCCACUCUUAGACAAGCUCGCUCUCUUGCUUCUGGACUACGUCAACAGAGACCCGAAACUUGCCGCAGACUCCACUCCAUCGAAAGCCCUAUCCCUGCAGGUUACGUCCGUCAUGUACCUCCUCGCGUACGAACUCGCAGCCGCCGGUCUGCAACGGCGCUCUCUAGACGUCGUAAACGCGCUCAUCCACGACAAGAAGCUCGACUCGCACGCGAUACAGGAGGUAGAUCUCUCCUCGGGUGACUUCGUUCGUAUCAUACUCUUCGCCCUCGUCCGAUCGUCCACCUCAUGGGGAUGGCGCCGACUCUCCACCGAGCUUAUAGAGCGGACGCUCCCUACCAUGGAUCCCAUCACACCCGACGUUGGCGACCUCGCUAUGAGGGUGUUGCGCACACUACUCGUAGACACGACAUACAAGACGGUGCAAUCCGCCGCUACCAUCAUUGUUCAGCUCAUGGAGCGUUGUCCAGAAUGCAAGAUUUCGGGGGCGGUGUUGCAGCAGUUCUACGCAGGCGCUCAGCGACACAACUGUCCGGAGCUUGCUGAGAUGGUCUACAGCGUCUCGCAGUCGGGUCUAGUCCGGAACGACCACAAACACGUCCAUCUUCCCCCGGACAAGGGCAUGCUCCACUGGUUCCUCAGAUACCUCACCGAGAAGCAGAAACACACGCACCUCGCGCGCGUACUCGCCUCUCAGCUGAUCGACGAGGCCAUCCCGAUCGCGCUGCACUCCCGCGGGCCUAUCAUCGCAAUUCUGGCUUCGCAGGGAUUCGCGAUGCAGGCGCGUGCGCUCUGGGAGCGCUACGAGGACAGCAAGGACGCCGACGUUGUGGUGGGCAACGCGGCAACGAUGCUCCGGCUGGUCAGCCUCUUCGUGAGCCUGAGCAGGCGAUCGGAGUCCCAGGCUCUGCUAAAGGCUGCUCCACGCUCGGCAGAGUCCGUGCCCGACGUUGUGGAUGCUGCAGUUGCCAGCAUGGUGCGCGAGGGGAGCACCGAGCGUGCCCUUCCUGGACGUUCUGGAACGUCAUCUCCGGUGCCCGAUCCAACGCACGCUGGCGAGUCUGACUCCGAGAACACUGAGCACGACUCGUCUAGUGCGUCGUUGCAGCCCAACGUGGUGGAAGAGGACGAAUCCGGUAUGCCUUGUACUCAAGUUACCGAAUGUUCUCUUCCGGAAGGACUAGCGCACGCGCGCCCUGCUGAUGGUGAUCCGAAGGUCGUUAAUGAAGGCGCGGGUGCAACACGAGUUCCGGACGGGGAUCUCCCUGCUCAAUCUGAUCCGUCCCAACCUUUAUCUGCGGAGACGACCGAGACCGAGGCAGACGACACACAGGCGAAACGGUCGGAGCUGAGCACGAACGAGGCCAAGCGGAAGGCGUCCGAAUUCAGGGGUUUUGCCGAGCGCGUGUUCGACGCCUUCCUGUGGAGUCGUGGGUCGUUCAAGCGGGUGCACCACUGGGAGCUCAACGCGAUGGCGCGUGCGAGCUUCAUGCUGGGCCGGCUGGAGGACGGCCUGGACGUGUUCCAGCAACUCUUCAAGACGCGACAGGUGCCGGACAUGUACGACAUCAACGUUGCGCUCUCGAUCUUCGCGGAGUACAACCCGAGCUCGGCGGCGCUCGUCAUCGAGCGCAUGCUCCGGAUGGGCCUGCAGCCGGACGCGGUGUCCUUCGGGUCCGUCAUCCAUCAUGCGGUCAUGCAUGGCGACCUCCCGCUCGCGACCGCGCUCAUCCGGCGCGCACGCGAGGUCGGCGUGACGCUGUCGUACAAGACGGUGGGGACGCUCCUGCGCGCGGCGGUGACGCUCCCCGCCGAGGACGGAAGACUGUCGCCGCGCGCGCAGCUGCAGACGACGAGCGACCUCGUCGAUUUGCUCCUGCAGGCGCGGAAGAUGCCCUCGCCGAACAUGGGCCGCGACUGCGUGAACGCUGCGCUCAGGGCGGACGACCCCGCGGAGGCGUUCCGGUUCUGGCAGCUGCUCGUGAAGGACAAGGUCGAGUGGGGCGACGGAACGCAGGUUAAACUACGCGAGGCGCUUGCGAGGCGCAUCCGGGAGCACUAUGCGGCGGGGCAGCUGAACCGCGCCGAGACGUCGUACAUGCUGCGCGGACUCCGUGAGCUUUAUGUCGUCGACCCGGGCGACACAGGCGACGCAAGUGCACCGAGGGGUAGCUGAGCUGGCGGGUCUGCACGCAUGGCACCGGGCGCACGGCGUCGGAGGCUCAGGCGCGCUGGGCUGCCAGAGCUUGGGAUCCCGAGCGGGAGACCCGUCUGGUGGCCCCCAAUGGCAGGACGGGGCAGUCCCGAUCACCGCAGCGCAGUGAGAGUGCGCAGGUCGGUCGGGCGUGCGAGGCUUCACACGGUGGUGCAUCUUGGGAUCUUCUGGGUGGAGGAGGGACGGGAGGCAUCGGCGGCGGGGCGAGGGCGUAGGCUGUGUCGCGUGCGGGCAGGCACGGUGUGUGCUUCUGGGAGCGGUGGUUGCGAAGGCUUCUGCGGCGGGUGGGCGGGGCUGGUGGGAAACUAUGUGUAUGUCCGUCUAAUGCGAUAUAGAGUGCAGAUUC